CCACUUCGUCUUCUUUCCUCUGAAACCAGAAACAAAAUUAACCCCUUCUUCGCCUCCUCGUUCUCCCUUCCCUCUCUUUCCUCUCGUUCUACCCUAAGAUAAGAGAUGAAAAGACAGACGGCGGCAAUGAUGAGAAACAACAACGAUUGACGCCGGCCGACGAAGGUAAGCGGUGGUUUAUUUGGCUUGCAUGUCGAGUUUGGGGUUCGAUCUUGGUAAUAACUUUGGGUUCUGAUUGUGUUUUUUUGUGAUUUCGCUUUAUAGGGGUUUCGGGGGUUUUCGAUCAUGAUGAAGGGAAGCAGCGGGAACGAAAGGAAGAAGAGGGAAGCAGCGGGAACGAAAGGCAGCAAGGGAAUAAUUGCAGCUUAGGUGAGGUUUUUUGAGUUUUCUGAUUGCGAUCGAGGGAGAACACAGUCGCCGGCGGCCAAGGUUCUCUGGCGGCGACGAGGAGAGAAGGAGAAAAAAGAGUCGACGGCACUCUGGUUCUGACGGCGACGAGGGAAGCCCAGAAAAGACUGGUGGAUGGGGCUUCGCUUGGUAAGUUUUCUUGACGGUUUAGAGGCCGAUUUAGUUUAGGGAUUGGGACCAUAUGUUGCAGUUAUUAUGAUUAUGAUCAAUGCAAUCAAAAGCGCGAUUCUAACUGUAAACGUUUUGGUGAUUUAGAAGCUUAAAAUCGUAAGCUUUUAAGCUUUAAAACGUAGAUUUUGACUACACUUGUAAGGAAAAAGCACGGUUCUACAUAGAAGCGUUUUGGUGAUCUUGAAAAGGAAAAGCGUAAGCUUUUAAGAUUUAAAGCGCGAUUUUGACUGCAUUGAUUGUGAUGAUCCGAUUUAUGUGUGAGUUAUGUGAUGUUGGGUUUGAUUCAGGAAUUGGCGGUUUUGGAUGUGAAUCUGGUUUUGAGAUUGGGAUUUGAUUAUAGGAUUGGGUCUGGAAAUUUUGUGGUGCGUGCCGAGUGUUGGGAUGAAAUUAUGUGUAGUUAGGGGGUCUGUUUAAGGAUGGAAUUAUGGUGUUUUGUAUAAUGGUUUGGGGUUGAAAAUAGUGUAGAUUAGAGGGGUGCCCUUAAAACAAAACAAAAACAUUUCAAAAUAUCUUCCUAAGUUCGAGUCUGGUUGGUUUAAGCUGUUAAUUCUAGUUUAUAUAAUCUGAUUUGGUAAAGUGAGGAGCUUAGCUCAAAUAUGCUAGUGAAGGUAACACAAAGAAUGGCGAAACAGUUGUUAAAAGCAAACAUGAGCAUGUUUAAUAAUAUAGGUACUGUGUAAUCAAUGAAGAAGUAAAACACGAGCAUAUUAGUAUAUAUAGUUCUAGUUUUGAUUACAAUAUACAGGAACUUUAAAAAAAUAUACCCACAUGUUUGGAUUAAAAAAAACAGCUUUGAUAUAAUUACAACAUACAUGAUUUUGUGGUUAUAGUAGAAUUGUUGAUUCGUGUCUAUUUGUACAUGUUUUGCCCCGUUUUACUUAGGUGUUUGUGCCAAAUUUGCUCCUAAAAGGUUGGUUUUACGCUAGGUUCCUCGUGUUUGAGUGUGUUUCAGGAUUCAAUAGUUGAAACCAGCCUCGGAGUCGAAAGUUGGGCAAAAAUGAUUGAAAACCGGGAGAAGAGGUGAAAAAGGGCUAGUUCACGGCUUUCCCGGGAAGUUCAUCGCGAGGCGUCCAGAGCCAAAACGAAGGUUACAGACGCAUGGUGAGUUCAAGGUCUCUAAGACCGUGAACAGAAGUGAACGAUGCGACGCGUUUUGGCGCACGCUUGAAGUUCACGGACGCAUUUCGUGGUUCACGGUCGUGAACUCAGGCCGCGAACUAAGCUCGUCUUUGGUUUAAAUGAUGAGCUGAAAGGAGGAGAGAGGGAAGAGCCCAUUUUGUGAGAGAAGCCUUCUUCUGAAUUCUAGAGUUGAGUGAGGGAGUAAGUCAACUACCGAUUGUCUAAACCGAGAGGGUCGAGUGACACGACCUCUCAUGCUUACCUCUGUUUAGCAAUUGAGAUUGUGGUCUCCGACCAUAUAUGCAUCCCUCGACGGUUCGCAAUUACCAUGCCCAAAGCAAUCGUUCCAAUGCACAUAUCAUGGUAACAGUUAGGAGGAAGCGACAUUCGAGUGAUCAUUCCACAAAAGAGUUUUCAAAACCAAUUACCGUUGUUUUCUUUCAUUUCAAUUAGCAAACCAUUAAACCAAAACUUUGUUGCUAGAUAAUUAUUUCAACAACCGAAGUAGGGGUAGAUGACCGACCCGGGUCGAUAUCUAAAUACUUGCCCUAUACUGCACCUUACUAGAGUUUAAAAACUUGGGCUCUAGUUGGAAUUUUAUUGUAGUGUAGUUUCGAGCGAGUCAAUUGUCAACCUGUAGUUUGCUUGGAUGCCGAUUAGUUAGAAACCAUUUUGUUAAAGAAAGGUAGAAGUAGAGAUGAUAAAAAGGAGAUGAUGAUAGAAAGGUGGAUGGAAUGUAGUUUUACACUCGCCUAUCUUUUUAAUUUGGGGAAGGGAUGUUGCUGCUUUUCCUCUCGUUCCUGCUACUUUUUCUUUCUGUAAUUUGCUAUUAUCGUGUGUGUUUUUUGCUUCUUGUAUUGUUGUGGUGUUGGUGAAGGGUUUCCUAGAAUUUGCACUCUUUCUCUUCUCUUUGCUUGUUUGUUGGUGUCUAGGAGGAAUAAGAUGAAGUGUGAAUGGAUUUUGCAUGAGUUCCUUUGUUCUUUGAGUUUUGUAGAUCAUACAAGAAAGAAUGUGUAGAGGAUUUUUCUAAGAGGGAAGCUGGAGUGGAACCGUAGGGAGGAAGAAGAAGAAGGAAGUCUCUCUUUUUCAACCCCCUUUUGGGCAGCAGCUCGGGGUGUUUAUUUAUAGAGAGAUGGCAGAUUGUUCCCCAAGUUUGCAAUAGUACUGGUUUUGGUUAGAUCAGGUUUGGAUCGUCGGUUAGACCAGGUCUAGCUAUAUGGUUUUGAUUUUGGCUUCGGUUAGAGUUGACUAGGCGUUGACUGUUGACAUUUUUGUUUGGUUUUGAUUUGGGCCCAAUUUCUUUUUAAACAUUCUUGUGAUUACUAUUGUAAUCAGUUGUAAUGUAAAUUUUUGUACUAAUUGUAAUAGUAAUUUAUGUUUAUGGUAAUUGCACUUGUAAAUUAUAAUUAUCUUGUAAUUUUGAUUUAUAUUUGAUGUAAUUAUAAUUUAUUUGAAUAAGAUGAUUAUUGUUUGUCCUUGUCUGCUAUUAUUUCAAAAUCGAGCUCCAAUCCUCGUUAGAUCCAAAGUUUUAGAAACCAAUUCAAAGAUCAAUCACACAAUUGUUAAAUCCCCUAAUUUGUCAAACCAAAGCAAAACAUCGCAAUUCUCACUAUCAAUUGUAUUGAUCGAGAAUUGCUAUUGCUUAAUCUCGUCAAGUUAUGGCAAACAAGACUCAUUCCCAACAAAUAAAUACAUUUUAGUUAGGUCAUUCAAGAUUCGCUAUUUAAUUAAAUAUGUAUUUUAGCCCGGACAAAAAGUGGUGUCUAUAAUGACGAUGGCUACGAGGCGAUCUAGUGACAUGGAGACUAACGAUGAUGGCGACCGAGAUCCAGAUAGAGGAGUGUGGAACUAGGUCGGUUCGUUGCUUUCUGUCGGUGGCGGCCAACAAGGGUCGAAACUCACUUGGAUGGAGUCAGCGAUGAUGACAGCGACGGCGAUGGAGACAGAGUUGGAGGCCUAAAUGAACAUCGACCCUCCUGAUGACGGCAACCGUGAAUGAUUGGGCAUUGAUGACCCACGACGGAAUGGACUUCGCCUAGGUCGACUGUGCUCAGCGGAAUAACAUCGCUGAUGAACAAAACAAGUCAACGGGAUGAACUUCGUUGGUGCAAGGAAGACUAGCUGAAUAUACUGCUCUGAUAGCAUGUAGAAUUUGAUAACGCGGAAUCGAAAGAACAUAAGAGACACCAGAUUUUACGUGGUAUCCUCGAUCGAUUGAUCGAGACUAAUCCACGGUGAGCUCGAAAUAGCUCACUGCUGAUGUUUUAUUAAACAACUACAUUUUGACGGCUUGCUUACGACAGGUUCGUAGCUAAACUUAUUUAAAGAUAGACUUAAGGUUAAAACGUUAAUAACAACCAAAUUUCUUUCUUUUACAUGGACAAGAAAACAAGAUACUUCGAGGACAAAAAAUUAAUUACUUGACUAAAUAAUUAAUAUCCUCAAUACUUUUAAUCUAUAAAUGUUUGGUAUAUCAAUAAACUCACGCUUCACAAUCUACAAUCUCGCAAGUUUUUUUGGAGCUUUGUUCCCUUUUUUUUUUUUUUGUUUUGAAACUUUGAGCCUUUUCCAAUGGCGUGGGUAAAAUGUUCCAAGUGUCGUCGUUGAUCUGCAAGGAAAAGACAGAAAGCCGGAUGUCAUUUUCACCAUUAACCAUAAUCCAGUCCAUCCUUUGCCGUCCAUAUUAUAAUAUCAUCAUUAAUAACUAGUAAGCCUGCUUUUACAGAAGAAAAUAAAAGAAACAAUGAUGGAUAUGAUAUAGGCCUGCAAUACCAGCAAGGAAAUCGUCAACCCAUGGUCUAUACAUAUUACAAAGCUUCUUGUUUCCUCUCCAUUUCUUUCCACUCUGUCUUUUACCCUCGUUUUAGUUUCAUAAGCCCUGGAAAAAAAAAAUGGAGCUGGCGGCCUCCUCAUUCUCCUCCGUGAUGAUUUUUCUCCUUCUCUUAGUUUCCCCACUUAAUAUUAUCAUAAUGAUCUCCUUAUCCUCCAACGCCGUCGCCGAUGCGGCUGUAAGGGGCGGUUGCCAAGGGAAUCUUGGGGAGUGCAGAGGUAGCAUUGUCUACGAGGAGGCGGAGGAUUUCACCGGGAGGCGGAUACUGCAGCUGGCCGGGGGCGCAGGAUUUAUAAGUUACGAUGCUCUGAAGAGGAAUACGGUGCCGUGUUCCAUGAGAGGGGCGUCUUACUACAACUGUCAGGCUGGGGCGGAGGCCAAUCCUUAUACCCGUGGUUGCAGCGCCAUUACUCGUUGUCGCAGUUGAAGGGGGAAAUACUUGGCAAGCUAAGUGUUUUUUUUUUUUUUUCUUCUUCAUUCCCAUGAAUAUAUAAUGUAACACUUCGUCUUUUGAGUUAAGGUUUAGCCUAGAAUGAUUACAUGGUUGGUUCACUGGUUAGGUAUGCAAACUUGAACCUGAUCAAAAUUCAAAUCAAGAUGUAAAAUGACA